UUCAAGAUCCCAUUAAUGGGCCCCUUCAUUCAAGCGCUCCAUCCUAAGUUUGAGGCAUAUUUGGCUCAGUGGGCGAGUGGCCCUCUUAGUUGUGUAUCGGUUUUCCACAAAUUCGUCGUCCUCGCUUCCGAUCGCGAUAUUGCCCACAAGGUCUUUAAGUCGCCCGCAUAUGCCGAGCCAUGCAUCGUGCCAAUUGCCAAAGACCUCCUAGGCCACAAGUCAUGGGUUUUUCUUCAGGGUAAAGCCCAUGCCGAGUACCGAAGGGGAUUGACGCCACUCUUCACCAACAAAGCCAUCUCCACCUAUCUUCCUGUUCAGGAGAAGGUACUCGGAGACUAUUUCGACAAGUUUGUUGCCGCCAGUGAGAAGAAUCAAGGGCGGCCAAUGGCCUUUAUGACCCUGUUCCGUGAGAUCAAUUGCGCGCUAUCCUGCCGUACCUUCUUCGGCGACUACAUCUCCCAAAGCGCAGUCAAGAAAAUUGCCGACGACUUCUAUCUUGCUACCGCCGCCAUGGAGUUGGUCAAUGUCCCUCUUUCAAUGUACAUUCCGUUCACGAAAACCUGGUUGGGCAAGCGCACGGCUGAUGCGGUCCAUGCCGAGUUCGCGAACUGUGCAGCGGCAUGCAAGGUGAACAUGGCUAAGGGUGCCACCCCUACGUGCGUCGUGGACCAUUGGGUCCUUCACAUGAUGGAAUCCGAACGGUAUCGCGAAAGAACUGCUGCGGGAGAGACGGGCUUGGAGAAACCCACCAACAUGAUCCGAGAGUUUACCAACGACGAGAUCUCGGAGACGCUGUUCACCUUCCUGUUUGCUUCCCAAGAUGCGUCCAGCAGUGCCACCACCUGGCUAUUCCAGAUCCUCGCUCAGCGACCCGACGUCCUUGCCCGAUUGCGAGAAGAGAACCUGGCUGCUCGGGGUGGCGAUAAGAACAAGCCGUUUGAUCUUCCCAUGCUGGAGUCGCUCACCUACACCGCCGCCGUCAUCAAGGAGCUGCUCCGCCACAGACCUCCCGUCAUCUUUGUUCCGUACCUGGCUACGAAAAAUUUCCCUGUCACGCCCGACUAUACCGUCCCCAAGGGCUCCAUGAUCAUCCCGUCUUGUUACCCAGCUCUCCACGACCCCGAGGCUUAUCCUGACCCGAAUGUCUUCAACCCUGAUCGCUGGAUCACCGGUGACGCCGAGUCAAAGACCAAGAACUGGCUUGUUUUUGGUGCAGGCCCGCAUGACUGCCUUGCGAGGAGAUACGUACCACUCUCAAUGGCCGGUAUGAUCGGCAAGGCGGCGCUAGAGCUUGACUGGGAGCACCACCCCACGCCCUUGUCGGAAGAGAUUCGGGUGUUUGCCACUCUGUUCCCGAUGGACGGUGCCAAUUUGGUUUUCAAGAAACGAUCAUAGAUGUGCGACUUUACGUAACUAGACCUCAUCUUGCUGAGUAUAGAGCAAGGCCUUCUGUACAACACUAAUUUAAUCAUGCAUAAAUACCCAGAUCA